AGUGCUUAGUAGCUGUAGCACGCCCGACCAGCAGCAGCACCGUCGCUGCUGAACACAGUCGCUCUCCAAGGUGCUGGAACUCAGAAGCGCUAGAUUUUCUCUUUCUUCAGCACCGCGCGUGACGACGAGGAAAGAAAAGCCCGAGCGCUUAAUCCUCUUUCACGUGACGACCUUCGGACUUAAUGAAUCGUGCUUCGUGGGUUUUGUUAGAUUGUGCUCGUGCCUGCGUGUAUGUGUGUGUGUGUGUGUGUGUACGUGUGAGUGUUUUGUCUUUUGAUCCUUAACCUCGUCAGAAGCAAGAGCCCUCGGUCCGUGAGUGAGAGGGGGAUCACGCCACAAGCACCGUGUGCAGGCGGUCGGGAACCAGGGGUCGAUCUUCGUUUUGAUUCGUGAUUUAAUCGUAAACUUUCUUUUAUUUAUAUAUAUAUAUAUGGUGUUGCCUGCGUGCCAUUCAAACUGUGGAAAUGUAAGGCAAAGACAGAGGAUUUUCCCCAGAUUUUCAGGAGAAAUUGGAAAUAUUAAGAUGAUUGGACGACCGAGAGCCCGAGGAAGACUAUAGGAUUUACUUAAAGCGCUUCUUUUCCCCCUUCUUUACCCCCACCCUCUUCCCUUUUCCUCCUAUAUUUCAUUUCGUCUAUCGUAGGACUAAUAAGAUUGCAUCCAACAUACUUUUACGCGGAGAGUACGACUUCUCUUCGACUGGAAAAGGAAACAGCCGGCUCUACAACAGGCUGCUGUUUGAAUCUCUUUUUUUUAAGGCUGGACAGACUCAAGUCAGGGGGAUUACAACAUCUUUCGACGCCAGGCAAAGAUAACCACACACACACACACACACACACACACACACACACCUACCCCUAUGGAUGAAGUAUACGGACGCCUAGGGGGAACUGUCUUGAUCUGAUCCGCACAAGGCGUUUUGGACUCUCUGGUUUCGCGAAAAAAAAAGAAAGAAAGUGGGAACAAGCAAUUCUACACGAGUCGUCUCUAUGGAGCUCAGGACGCCACCGCGGACAACAGGGGCCUAGAAUGACAGCCAUAUGCUCUUGUCGAAGCGCCAUAUAGCAAAUAUCGCGGCGAAGUAUGGGCCCCCUCUCUGCAGUCCUCUGCGUCGUGUUGCUUGCUGUGAACUCCUGCUCUGCCGCCUCGGUCAACCCAGAGGAUUAUGCCGCUGACGACGCGGAGCGGACCGCAAACGACAACAUCUUCUUCGAUGACUAUCGAGGGAAAGGAUGUGUGGACGACAGCGGCUUUGUGUACAAACUCGGGGAGCGGUUCUUCCCCGGACACUCGAACUGUCCGUGCGUGUGCACAGGGGACGGGCCCGUCUGCGACCAGCCGGAGUGUCCCAAGAUACACCCAAAGUGCACCAAAGUUGAACACAAUGGUUGCUGCCCCGAGUGCAAGGAGAUUAAGAACUUUUGUGAAUACCGCGCGAAAACGUACAAGAUCCUGGAGGAGUUUAAGCCUUCGCCCUGCGAGUGGUGCCGCUGUGAGCCAAACAAUGAGGUUCACUGUGUGGUGUCGGACUGCGCCGUGCCCGAGUGCGUCAACCCCGUGUACGAGCCGGAGCAGUGCUGCCCCAUCUGUAAAAACGGUCCAAACUGCUUUGCUGGAACCACGAUCAUCCCUGCAGGGAUCGAAGUGAAGGUGGACGACUGCACCAUCUGCCGAUGCCACAACGGGGACUGGUGGAAGCCGGCGCAGUGCUUGCGGCGGGAGUGCCUCAACGGCCAAUCGUUGUCAUAGAGACUACUCCACCAGAGACAACAGAGGCGAAGCUCGGGCGAAGGACCUACCUACUGCACCAUUUUCAAAAAAAGAGAUGAUUGACAGCAUAGGAGCACAAUUCCCCAAGCAAAAGGCUGAAACUGCUGAGCAGCCGAGAUGUGCUCUCGCAAAAAAGUUUUGCAUCCCGACAAAUCAGGCCGCUGAAAAGGAAGAUGGAACUUUGUUUCGGAGACUCUUUUCACCUGCCAAGUUAGCUGUUCUAUAUAUUUUUCAGUCCAAUUGCUGCGCUCACGCAAAAUGACUUCUAUAUAUUGUGUUCCAUGGACUCAUUCCUGACCACUGGCACUGUUGAAUUGCCGAGUUGAUUCAUUCUUUGUGUAUGCCAUCUGCCUGUUGUAGCCGUCACAAAUCACAGGCGUUGUAAAAAAGAAAAAAAGAAAUUCUGAUGGCAGGAAGCAGACAGGAAGCACAGCGUGUAUGACACUUUUUUGACACUGAUGAGAGAUCUGCAAAGCUGCACCCACAAUUCACAGCUUUGCUUGAGGAUCUUGUUUACAAUGUGCACCCCAUAUACACAAGCAAACUGUUUUCCUAAUAUGACAUGUGUUGUUUUUUUUCAGUUCUGGCAGGAUCUCUCCCACCCACUCCCAAGAAAGCACUGUCAGUUUGCUGUAAGGCUAUCAAACUGAUAUCUAGCAAUGAUAGUGUGGUUUCCAGCACAGACGCAGUGUAACUACAGUGUGGACACUGCAACUCAGUGGAAUUUUGUCAAGCUGACACGGACAGAUGUAGCAGACGUUGGGUUUACCCGGUGUAAUGAUGUAACUAUUAAAAAGAGGAAGAGCAUAAAUUCAACCCACACACAAGGUCAAGCCUUUUUUAUUUUUUUCAAUUCCCUCGAAACCUAUACGUACAGUAUUAUUUCUACCGUUACAAUUCCCCAGACUAUACCGACUUCAACUCUGGUGAAGGAGACAGCCUCUGUUUUUUUUGAAAGGUUUCAAUGCAGAACCAAAAACGAAAUACUGUACGUGAAUUUACAAGCGCACAAUUCAACAACCACCCAGGUACCCACACACCAAACCCUCGCCCAUCAACCCUGCUUUUUUCAAAGCAUUGAUGCCAGGCCCAUGAAUAGAUAGUCACCACGAGCAGCUGGUCGCCCCUUCUGCGACAGAUUGGCCAACAGAUUCCCUCUUGUGUUGUCAACUCCUCCUCAUCCUCCUCCUCCUCUCCACCUCCAUCACAUCUGCACAGAGCAGAAGGUUCAGCCGGGGUCCGUGGCCCACACUGGGGGCCAAGAGGGGAUGAGCGUUUGGGCCUUGAUAGAUGGGCGACUUGAGUAAAAGGCCUCAAACUGUAGACCAGACAGCUCAGUCUCUUUUUCUUUUUUUCUCUCAGCCAUGGAAGUCUUAACUUGAGAAAAGAUGAUUUCAAGUAAGUUCAUGCCAUUCAUCAGGGAAACAUUUUUGUCCAUUUCCAGAAAUUCUUUUCCCAUUAACCUUUUAGACCCGGCUGCUGGCUCAUGAUGGAUGGUCUCGUUAACAGCGGCUCCAAGCCGGCCGUAAUGAGACAGCCAUGGACAUGGGAUGCAGACCCCUGACUCAAGAAUAGACGGAAUAAUACAUUUGCUUGAAAACGAUCUGCAUUCUACACACCUGCAGCUUUGCCAUGUGCAGACAAAGCUUGUGCAGACGCUGACACAUUAAGAUAUGCUACUUUCAGAUGAGGGAUGGAAGUGUGGGUCAUUUCCAUCAUUAACGUCAGAUGAUUAGGUUGACUCACCUCUGAUGACUGAUCCCAUCUGGCCAAGGUACCAUAAUGUAUGCAGACUGACACGACACAAAGCUAACCCUUGUGUCGAUCAUUUUAUUUACAGUGACUGGCAUCAAAAACAUGUUGGAGCCCAUACCCUGUGUGUCUUAUUCAUAUGAUUAACAUUGGAUGGUAUGGAAUAAACGUGAAUAAGAUUGAGAAAGACAGAGGGAAGUUCAAAUGAGUUCCGGAUAAGGAGACUCAAAGGAGUUGCCGCCACCAAAGAUGCCUUCUUGCUACCGUUCUACACGAGAUCUUUGUACAAACAAAAACAGACAAAACCCCCUCUCUUUUCUUAGUGUGAGUAAGUGCACUGUACUGUCUGCAACAAUGCAUCACCAGGAGCUAGCUAGCCUGUCACCGCUUUGAACAGCAAACCCCAGCAGGAGCCGUUACAGGGUGUUAUAUUCUUAGCCCUUUGACUAAAGUAAAAGUGUUCAAUGAUUAUCUUCUUAAAAAAAAUUCCAACAGAUACAGCAAGGUCAAAAGGUUUGCACUUUUUAGAAGUCUAGCGAUUAGAAUUGCAGUCUCCUUCUGUGGUUUUAGUGACAGGGACACCGGAGAAGCAGUGCAUUUUUUAACAUUUCUGGUGUGAUUAGUGUCAAGGCAAGCCAUUAUCAGUACUCCGUUCCGGUGUGCACAUCCCCACAACAAAGUGGAGAGGUCGGAAGUAAAAAGAGUAAAAGCUAAAUAAAUAUUUCCAGACUUCAAAACCCUUCAUACGAACAGGAAAGUAUAGUUGUAUAUUUAUGACAGAUAUUUCCACUGACAAAGAUCAAAUCUCCCCUCAUGCUUGACUCAACACAGAGCCGACGGUACAAAGGUUGAUUUCCCUCGGUAUAGGAAAGAACGCGUUGGGAGAUCGGGCUAGUGUCGCAAAGCGUUUCCUUUCACUUGCUGUUCCCAAAGUAUAAGCAACCAUGAGGCCUGUGGCUAAGAAAUAAAUAGGAGUAGCAGAGAAAAGGUUAAGAGUUUACCUUUUUUCCUUGAAAGGUACACAAAGCUGCAGAGUUUCAGGGAAAGAACCAUGCCUUUUUUUCUUUUCUUUUUUCUCAUUUCCUGGCAAAUAUCAAAUCUUUGAGUUUCUCUGAAUGUCUCGGAAAUGGAAAUGAUCUGCUCCUAAUUUCAUACACAGGCUUGUACAUGGGCAUUUUGUAAAGGUGUUCCAUACUCUCUUUUCAAGUGACACCAACUUACUGUAGUUUGAAACUAUAUGAACUACAUGAUAAAAAAAAUGAAAAACCGAAAAAAAUACUGUUAUUUAACAUGUGCCUGAAAACCAGAUUGAGAGUACUAUGUUAAAUAAGGAGAAAGAAUCACUGUUAUUAUAUAUUACAAUCAAUCAGUUGUAUUUAUUUAUAUUUUGGACACCUUGGGUCUGUUGCUCAUACUACCAUUUUGUGUAAAUGCAGAACUUUAUAUUCAUAAAUAAGCAAGGGUUUGGCUGUUAAAACACACAUACAAAUACACACGCACAUAUGCCCGCACCCUCCCACAUAAAAAGCUGGGGUUAAUCAAUAGUUCAAAGAAAAAAUAUGGAAAUUAUAAAUUGUAAUGGUUCACCAAACCUAAGCGUGCCAUAUGUUGUGUAUAUGUAAAUAUAUCCAAAUGUAUCAUGUGUAUUAUGAAUUCUGAGGUGGAAAGAAAACUGUGUAUUAUUUAUGGAGACAAACACUAUUUUGUUAAAUAGAAUUGAAAAGAAGUGUUAUUCAG